UCGGUGUCCUAGCUCGUGCUCAUAUCCCGAUCAUAUACGAGGACUUUCGCCAGGUGCCUUAUGCACACAUUCAAAAGGUCAUAGAAACAUUGUCACUGUUUUAUGAGUUUGAGGGUCAAAGUUGGGAUGCAGGUGUUUGGUACAUAACACAACGCAUCAAUGAAACAUGGAGAAAUUAUAAGAAAAGGUUGACUAAACAAUAUAUAAAAAACAAUGAUCCUAUAGUUGUUAGAGAUAGUCCUGCCCCCCCAGGUGUCCCUAUGGAGGAUUGGAGGAUCUUUGUGGAUCAACACAACACCGAGCAAUUCAAGAGAGUAAGUGCAAGGAAUAAAGUCAAUCGGGCAAAGCUAAAAGGACCUGCGUGUCUUGGGAGGCGCAGCAUGGCUGUUACUCGCCAUCAGAUGGCGAUGGAGAGGAAUCUUACCUCUGAUGCCGAGAUAGGUAGAGGUGAUGUCUACUUAAGAGCCCAUACGAGCAAGGACAAAGUCGUCCAGUAUCCUGACCUUGUUCAAAAACUAGAUGAGCUUUAUAGUAGCAAUCCUGCUUCUAAGAUGACCGGCGUUGACGAUGCCCUUACACAGAUAUGUCAGAGCCAGAAUGACAUGAGCAAGGUGCUUGGAGACCAAUCUUUCUUGUCAUCUAUUCUUGCUUCGCUUCCUGGAGUUAACCCUAAUGAUCCUUCAGUUAAGGAUUUGUUGGCAUCUCUCCAAGGUCAAACAGAGCAAAAGAAAGAUGAAGAUAAGCCACCAAACGAGGAUGAAAAGUGA